GCGAGAUGCUAGUCUAGCUUUUUCUUGCUUGUCUUUUUCCGACACACAGUCAGUCCCCUCCUCCUCUACACUGACCACUGACCAGCUCGCCACCGCCCAAUCCACCGCCGGCGACAGAUCGAAGAUCGAUCUCUCCGCCGGCUCCUAAGCAGUACCGCCUCGGUCAGAGCUACUUCCUUCUGCUUACUCAGCGGCUUCGCCACCGGCAGUACUAUCUCGCGGCCGGCGAGCUUCCCGCCGACUCCAGUUCAAACCCGGCAGGCCAUAUGUCAACGGAAUGGGAGGGAGCAGAGGUCAAGAAACCCCUCCUGGUGACUGGGGAUCACAGAGCCUCUUCAAUUUGGGUGGUCGUUGUCAGCACCGCCAUCGCCGUUUGUGGAUCCUUCGUGUUCGGUAUCUCGGUGGGCUACUCAUCGCCAUCUCAAGAGGGCAUCAUGCAUGAUCUUCAUCUUUCUAUAGCUGAGUAUUCCGUCUUUGGCUCAAUAUUAACCAUUGGAGCAAUGCUGGGCGCUAUUUUCAGUGGUACCAUAGCAGACAGAGUUGGUCGAAAAUGCGCAAUGGCAAUAUCAGAUGUGUUCUGCAUUGCUGGAUAUCUCUUUAUAGUCUUUUCUAAGAAUUUUUUGUGGCUUUACCUUGGAAGGCUCUCAAUUGGAUGCGGAAUUGGCCUGUUUUCAUAUGUGGUCCCAGUCUAUAUAUCAGAGGUAACUCCCAAGAAUCUUAGAGGACGUUUUGCAGCUGUAAACCAGCUGAUGAUAUGUUGUGGGGCGUCCCUUGCCUAUGCUCUGGGGACUUUUAUCACCUGGCGUACCUUGGCAAUCAUCGGAGUGACACCAUGUUUACUGCAACUCGUUGGCCUUCUUGUGAUUCCUGAAUCUCCCAGAUGGCUGGCUAAGAUCGGACAUCCCGGUGCACUCGAGGAAGCGUUACAGAAGCUAAGGGGAAAAGAAACUGAUAUCUCUGAAGAGGCAGAAGAAAUCAAAGAUUUCACAGAAAAGAUUCAGCACCUCCCACAGUCAAAGAUAUGGGACCUGUUUCAGAAGGAUUACAUUCAUGCUGUCACCGUCGGUGUUGGGCUAAUGGUCCUUCAACAGUUUGGGGGAGUGAAUGCAAUCUGCUUCUAUGCCAGUGAGAUAUUUGUUUCAGCUGGUUUCGCAUCAGGGAACAUGGGGAUGCUCGCUAUGGUUGCGGUUCAGGUUCCGAUGACGACACUUGGAGUGCUUCUUUUGGACAAGGCUGGAAGGAGGCCACUUCUAAUCGUCUCUGCAGCUGGGACAUGCCUCGGUUGCCUACUAGUUGGCGUGUCAUUUCUAUCCAAGGAACAUCAUUGGGCUAAGGACCUGAACGUGGUACUUGCUUUGGCGGGAAUUCUGGUCUUCACUGGAUCUUUCUCACUUGGUAUGGGUGGAAUACCAUGGGUUAUAAUGUCAGAGAUCUUUCCCAUACACAUGAAAGGAACAGCAGGGAGCCUCGUGACCUUAGUGAGCUGGCUCGGCUCGUGGAUCAUCUCUUAUGCCUUCAAUUUCCUCCUGCUGUGGAGCUCCUACGGCACAUUUUUCAUGUUCGCGAGCAUCUGCGGGCUGACCGUUUUAUUUGUGGCGCGGCUGGUGCCGGAGACGAAAGGAAGGACCCUGGAAGAGAUCCAAGCGUCCAUGAACUCGUCCUUGGCACCAGUUCCUUCUGGGAUUGACCGAAUUGCAUAGACUAAAAUACAUGGCUAGUUUCCUCUCCAGGUUGCGUUUCAUUUUGAAUCUUGUUAGUUUCAGGAGUGCCGGUCUGAGAUACUGUAUUUUUUUUAGUAUAUGCAUGAUUCAUAUAUCAUCAAGAUUUGUAUAUGGCUUACCUAAAAAAAAAAUUUAUAUGGCUGAUCGUGGGAUACUGUAAUAUUCGUUGUACAAGUAACACAGAUAGUGCGUUAAUGCAAGGGACCUCAUGUACAUCUCCUUUAAGAUAUA